GGAAAUUCGGGCUGGAUGUGUGUGGUGGUGGCCCUGCGUCGAUACCGGGCCAAUCAGCGUAAUUCGUGUAACCACGGAUAUUCAUGGCCACAUAGAAAAAAGAUCUAAUAAGCAGUGUCGCUUCACACAGUGGGCAAGUACCCUGAGGAGUAACGAUAUUAUUUGCGAGGGUUCUAUUACAUUGAUUUAUGUAUAAAGAAUACAUACGAAAAAAAGUUGAAUGGCGUCCUUUUUGCCGGUGUCAAUUAAGCUUCCUGGAAGGAAAAGUUCUCUUUUUUCUUUUUUUAAACCCAGGGCGCACCGAAGAAAAUCGAUGCCGUUUCUCCGCUGAGUCGUUCUCCAGUCCCUUCUCGUUUCUCCUUGGUCGUUGUUGUCAUUGUGCCGAUGAAGAUGGGGCUGUCCAAGAGAACGUUGACUGUUUUUGUCUUAUGUGCUAUUUCUUUGUUAUUGAUACCCCUGUUGUUGGUCUCUAACGGAGGGUCGUCUCAAUCAUCUACUGUUCUCAGUAGCUGGAGAUUGGAGAAGGAUCGUGCCCGUUCAUCCGAUUCUAGUAGCCAACCAGGUUGCCUAGCGAACACUGCAAAGAUAAAGGGAAUUUCGGUUUCGAAAACACAGUGGGAACAGUGUCUUGAUCCCGGUAGUGGACCUUCUUACUAUUUAUCCAUUGUUAUUGUCACUCGAAUGGAUGACUAUGCGGGCAAUCAGCACCAUCGAUUCCAGAAUUUUAUCGACAGCGCUUACUUAUUGGCGGAGCAUACCAAAGAGAAAAUCGAAUUAUUGAUUGUUGAAUGGAAUCCACCGAAUGAUCACCGUCGAGUCAUUGAUGCAUUUAGAUUCCGCCGAUCCCAGUAUUUAACAUAUCGCAUCAUCUCUGUCCCUGAAAAAAUACACAAAGUCCUCCCCAACCGAGGCAACUCACCGUUACACGAAUUUGAAGGGAAAAAUGUGGGAAUCCGUUUUGCUCGCGGUGAAUUUAUCGUCUGCACCAAUCAAGAUGAUAUUUGGUCGCAUAAUUUCCAUAAUGCCAUCAAAUCGCGAGUGUUCCAGAAAGGAAUCAUCUAUCUGCAAUUCCAAGAUCGCCAUAAUAUUCAUGACAAUUUACCACCUUCAAUUGUGCGCUUACCACCGUUCCCGGACGAUGAUACGUUGUACAACUCAUGUCGGUUGCAUGAGCAAGACUGGGGCAACUUUGAACUCCCCGAGCCUACAAAAGUGACUACGGACAACAUUUUACGUAUAGCGGAUCAGGCAGGUGAUUUCACCAUGGCACACCGUGAUACAUGGAAAAUCCCCCGAGGCUAUCGUGAAGCGGGCGGAAUAGCAUGGAUGGACAUUGAGUUUAUUUGUACUGCCGCGUGGACAUUUGAUAUUCCCGUUGUAUACAGCGAAAGGAGCUUUGCUUGUCACCAGGAGCAUCCGAACAUCUGGGAAAGCCUCACGGACCAAAAGAAUGAUAACAAAAAUAUCGACAUGGGAGAGAUCAUGCGCAAGGAGAAGUCAUACAUGAACAAGGAAGGCGAAUGGGCACUGGAACAUAUUGAUAUCUGGGAAUUAGACUUAGAAUGCAUACAGUUCCGCGGAGGGUUAUGCUGGUAAUGAGCCGCAAACCAUGAUUUUAAAAAGUCGUUUGGCAGUUUCCAUGUAAUAGAAAAAAGUCAUUUAGCAUCAUAUAAUAUACAACCCGUUUUACAUGUUUUUAUCCAUCCUCAUCUUUGGUUAUUAUGUUCUUUACAUUGUUCAACAUGGUUACCUUCUGACCUCGGAUCCAGCAUUUUCUCAAAGUUACAAAGUCCACCACGUACAGUUGACUUCAUAUUCGGG